AUGGGGCGUACUCUUAUCGUAUUCGGAGCUGGUUCUGGCAUCGGUGACAACGUGGCUGCGGAAUUCGCUUCCAAGGGCAUCGACCAUAUUAUUCUACUCUCCCGUAACACAGAACGACUGCAGAAUGAAGAUGCGCCUUUUGUCUCGAAAGGCACCUCUUCCAUCAAAGUUGAUACUCUGCGUAUCGAUCUUUCAGAUCUCAAAUCCAUUCCAGGUGUGCUCAAGGAACUUGAUAGCCUAACCGAGGGUGAGGAUGUCGAAGUCAUUUUCUUCAACGCCGCACGCAUCAAGCCAGGGGAAGUCCUGGGAGUAGACGUUGAAGAAAUCGAGGAGGACUUCAAGACAACCAAUCUAUCUCUCUACCUAAUCUCACAACAUUACAUUCCCAAGCUCCAGGCCCUCGCCAAAUCCAAUACCUCUCUCAAACCUGCUCUUCUUGUCACAAGUAGCCACCCGCCAUGGGAUCUCAUUCCACAGCUUCUUUCACUGAGUCUGGUCAAGGCUGCGCAGAAGAACAUGGUGGACAGCUUCCGUCGUUAUUUUGGCGACAGUGGUAUUCAUUUCGGCUUGAUUCACGUCGAAGGAACUGUAGCUCCUGAGAACAAAGUGCUGAACCCUGGGACAAUCGCCAAGAAGACACUGGCAUUUUGGGAGAGUGGAAAGAGAGAAUGUAUCAACAUCAGAGAGGAGUGGUGCAGUGUUGAUGAGAAAAGAUUCGAAUGCUAUGUUACCCAUUUAAAUAAUGUGUCCAAUCAAGCUUGUUGUCCUACAGCAGCCAGAAUAGAGAAGUGUGGUCUGCGGAAGUUACGCCCUUUCUAUCAAUCAUUCGUCUUGUCGGACUCAAGCAUUUACACAUCCGGCUUACAGAGCGCUCCUCUUAUCUAG